GUCGUUGAGUUUUGCUAUUCGGCCACUCUGGUCACACUAAGCGUACACGUGCGAAGCAAUUUAAAAAGAAAACAGUUUCAUUUUCCUAUAAAACAUGAAGAAAAAGCAGGUGGAAAGCGCAUCAGAGGAGGAGGAACUGCUGUCAGGGGACUCCGAUGCUUCCGACGAAGAGGAACAGCAGGCGGAAGACUCCGAAGAGGAGGAACUCCAGGCGGAGGACUCCGAAGAAGAGGAUUCCGAUGGAGCCGAACUGGAUCUGGACGCCAGUGCCACCGAAUCCGAUGAAGAUGAUGACGAGAACGAGGAUGAGGAUGCCAAGCCGGAGCCCAAAAGCCGAGCGGAGAUCAUCGACCAGAAGAUCCACACCAAGUAUGAGCAGCUGAAGGGCACCCGGCUGUACGUCCGCUUUCCCCAGAAACUGCCCCUGGACGUGGAUGAAUUCAAUGCCAAGGUGAAGGCUCUGCAUCCGCUGGUACUCAAGUCCACGAAGCCCCGCCAGAAGCACGCCCGUUUCUGCCUGGUGGACUUCAAGACUAAGGAGGACCGCGAUCAGGCAUUCAAGGACAUCAAGGACGCCAGCGGUGAGGACAAGUACAAGGGCAUAUUUGUGUCGCUGCCCAAGACCGACUCCGAUGAUUUCGUCAACGAACUGGUGACCCGAAAGCAGACAUCCGUGGAGAACAAACGCACCAAGGCCCUGAUGAAGCGCGCCACCAAGAAGGUGCUGUCCAAGGGCAACUUCACCUCGUCGGUGGUCAUUACCAAUCUGCCCAAGACCAGUUCGGUGGCACAAGUGCGCCAGUUGUUCCCAGAGGCGGUGGACAUCCAAGUACGGCCGGGCAAGGGUAAAUUCCGUGACUCCAGUGCGGCCACCGUGACCCUGCCCACAACCCACGAUGCACGCAAGGUCAUCAAACAGAAGCUCAGCCUGGCGGGCACGCCACUGAUACUGCGCUUCAACACUCAGAAAAAGCGGAGUGCAAAAGAUAAGCUGAAGCGAAAGGCGCAUAAAGGGAAAUCCCCCGCCAAGAAGGCCCUGAAAGCUGAGCCAGAAGAUAAAGUGAAGGCGAAGGCCGAGAAAGGGGAAUCCCCCAAAACUAAGAAAACCGAGAAACCGAAAGAGAACCUGAAGAGGAAAUCGCCGAAGGAAAAAUCCACUAUUAUUAAGACACCCAAAAAGUUAAAGAAACUAAGCGCGGAGUAGAAAGUAGUUAAUGUUUUCUAAUUUAAAUAAAAUUAACCAUUUUUGAUUGUAUAACCAAACGUAAA